CCGGCUUGGGCUUCCGGAGCAUCGCCUCCAUUGUGUGCUGCUGGGGGAGGCUCUGGGGGCUGCAAGGGAGGGGUCCUGCAUCGCCCCCUCCCUCCGUGGCCGCGGAGGACGCUUCUCCCGAGGAAAAUCCCUGCGGCAGCCGGGGGCGGCAGGGGAUUUUGGGGAGCCCCGAGGGAGGAAUCUGCAUUGUCCCGGCGCUGCAUCUGCCAUGGAGCCCUGGGUGCUGCUGGACCCGCGGCAGAAGGCCCUGUACCUCGACGUGAUGCACGAGAGCUACGAGACCCUCAUGUCCCUGGCUCAGGGGCUGGUGAGUGAAAAAGCAGUGGAGAAAGGAGCACCGGAGAGCAGUGCUGGGCUCGGGCCGCACUCAUCCCACAGCCUGGAGCGGGAGAAGCCCCUGGGCUCCCACAGGCGCAAAGCGAAGCGCCCAGACAAAGCUGUGCCCUCCGGGACCCCGAAACCCACCGCGCUCCCCAAACUCAGCUGCGCCAAACCGCUGCGUGGGAAAGGCGCAGCCCGGGAGCGGCCGUUCGGCUGCGCCGACUGCGGGAAGAGCUUCCCGUGGGCGUCGCACCUGGAGCGGCACCGGCGCGUCCACACGGGCGAGCGGCCCUUCGGCUGCCCCGAGUGCGGCGAGACCUACAGCCAGAGCUCGCACCUGCUGCAGCACCGCCGCACCCACGCCAGCGACCGCCCGCACAAGUGCGGCGACUGCGGGAAGCGCUUCGCCGCCGCAGCCGAGCUGGCGGCCCACGGCCGCGGCCACGCCGCCGACAAGCCUCACAAGUGCGAGGACUGCGGGAAGGGCUUCGUGUGGGCGUCGCACCUGGAGCGGCACCGGCGCGUCCACACCGGCGAGAAGCCCUUCGAGUGCGCCGAGUGCGGCGAGGCUUUCAGCCAGGGCUCGCACCUCGCCAAGCACCGCCGCAGCCACACGGGCGAGCGGCCGCACCGCUGCCCGGCCUGUGGGAAGACCUUCUGCCAGAGCUCCGACCUGGCGCGGCACCGCCGCACGCACCUGGGCAGGAAGGCACUGCGCUGCGGGGACUGCGGGAAGCUGUUCCGGGCGGGGCCGGCGCUGGCGCGGCACCAGCGGUGCCACGGCCGGGAGCACUCGCACCGCUGCAGCGACUGCGGGAAGGGCUUCGUGUGGGCGUCGCACCUGGAGCGGCACCGGCGCGUCCACACGGGCGAGCGGCCCUUCCCCUGCAGCAGCUGUGGCGAGCGCUUCACGCAGAAGGCUCAUCUGCUGCAGCACCGCAAGACCCACUCGCCAGAGCGGCCCUACAAGUGCGGCGACUGCGGGAAGCGCUUCGGGGAAGCCCCCCUGUUCCUGGUGCACCAGCGUGGCCAUGCCGUGCACAAGAGCCACGCCUGCGACGACUGCGGGAAGGGCUUUGCCUGGGCGUCCCACCUGGAGCGGCACCGCCGCGUCCACACUGGCGAGAAGCCCUUCAAGUGCCCCGAGUGCGGCGAGGCUUUCAGCCAGGGCUCGCACCUCGCCAAGCACCGCCGCAGCCACCUCGCCAAGGCUGCAGGGCCCUCGGCCCUUGCCAGGACUCGGCUCGCUGGGGACACGCCUGCAGCUCACAGCAGUGAGGAUCCCUAAGGACUCAGAGGUCCCUCGGUGUGAUGGAUGUGGAGAGACAACUGGGGGAAAACUUGUCUUGGGGACAAGCAAGGACAACAAGUGACACUUGAAGGGCACUGGGGUGGGUGGCAGGGGUGCUCUGUCGUGGCACAGGGUGGGAUUUAUCUGCCCUGGUGUCUCCCCACAGCAGUGGGUGGACACUUGCACCUGCUGCAGUCCAGACCCCAGAAAAGGGACAACCUGGGGGAGAAGGAGCCUGUUCCCAAAGGAAACAGUGCUUGGCUCCAUCAGGGAAGGGUGGGGGAACCAGGGCUGGUUCUGAUACAAAAAUCCAGUGGUGUUGUGCCCACUUUGUGCUGCCAGCAGGCAGGAGAAGGGGUUGGAGGGGGCAAGAUGCUCAGGGUGAGCAGGAGGUGCUGGCACAGGGCAGGAAUAAAGUGGGAGCCCCACACCU